AUGCUUACUGGAAUUGAUCUAAUAAUUCAUUGUUGCAAAAAUGAUAAUGUAAAAAUACUUAACAGAGAGCUAAUGAAGGGUCCUCAGCCAAAAUCAGGAAUUCCUGAUAUAUCACUUGUUGAUUUUCAUUCCCAAACGUUUAGUUUAAUUCACAUUUGUGCUUCUUAUGGAAGUUUAAGGUGUUUGAAAUACCUUUAUGAUAAAGGUGUAGACACAAACUUGCCAAAUAACAAUAAUUGGAUGCCCAUUCACUUUGCAGCUAACCACGGUUAUUUUGAUAUGAUGAAUGAAAUAUUAAGUCGCGGCAGAUCGAUAAAUGCUCAAACAAUAGAAGGAUAUUCCCCAAUUGAAUUAGCAAGUUGGUUUGGACACUUUGAAAUUGUUCAAAUUUUAUAUGAUCAUGGAGCUGACAUCCAGCUUAAAGAUAAGUAUAAUAACACAGCUUUCCAUCGUGCUUGCCAAGUUGCUUGCAAUCCUAUAAUUAAGUUUUUAUUAUCUAAAGGUGCAAAUCCUCAUGAACCAAAUGAUGAACACCUUCCAAUUCAAACAGCAUGCACCAAUGGUGAUGUUGAAACUCUUUAUGAUUUAUUUAGAUAUAACGUCGAUAUUAAUGCAGUGUUCAAAGGAAAUUCAGCAAUGCAUAUUGCAAUCCUUAACUUUAGAAUUGAUUUUUUGACUAUUUUACUUAAACAAGGCGCUGAUACAGAAAUUAGAGAUAGUAAAGGCAAUACGCCUCUUCAUCUUGCUGCUUGGCUAUCACAAGAUAAAGCUGUAAAGCUACUACUAGCGUUUGGAGCUACCGUUGAUCCCAAAAACAACUUUAAAGAAACUCCUUUGCAAAAAGCUUGCGAAAACGGUUCAGCUGUAGUAUUUCAAAUUCUUUUUGAAUAUGGUGCUGAUCCGAACUCACAAGACAAAGUUAAAAGAACACCAUUAGACUAG